AUGCCCAUCACUGCUCUUGCAGAACGCAGUGUCACGGUUUGGUUCAGGAACCGGCGAUUCAAACAGAAAAAGCAGCAGCAGCAGCAGCAGCAGCAGCAGCAGCAACAGCAGCAGCAGCGACAGCAGCAGCAAUCAGCAAUGCUACCAAACCAGAUCCUUCUAUCCAAGAAGGAUGUGCCCACCUUCCUGAGAACAUCUAUCGUUUCUUAUGCUUUUUCUCCUGUGGUUUCAGAUUUCUACAGCUCCCUUCCACCUCAGCCCUUAGGCCCUUCCAAUUGGGCAUGGAACUCUACCUUCACUGAGAGUCUCACAAGUGAUUUCCAAAUGCAAGAUACUCAGUGGGAGAAGCUGGUAGCCUCAGUUCCUGCUUUGUACUCUGAUGCCUAUGACAUAUCCCAAGUCAUAGAACUGUAUGAUCUUCCUGAUGAGAAUGAGAUAACCAGCUCUUCUUUCCACUGUCUGUAUCAGUAUCUCUCACCCACAAAACACCAGGUAGGAGGACAGGGUUCCUCUCUCAGCAUCUUUGCUGGUCCAUCUGUAGGCCUAUCUCCCAUACAAACCUGGCCCAGUAUGACAAGCCAAGGCUUUGAAGCCUACAGUCUAACAGACAGCCUAGAAUUCUAGAAAACCUCCAAUAUGCCAGCCUUUGAAUUUCUCUGA